ACAAUUGUAUAUUUUCAAACUCUUAUUGUAGUUCACACACUGCAUUCGUUUCAACAAUUUGUGAUUAAUAUACUAUUAAGUCAAUUGAAGACACUCAGUGCGCAUGCGACGUGUACAAUCGUGGAGUCAGCAACGAAGGUUUACGGCGCUAUUUAAUUUACUAUGAUGUGCUCACGAAAUUGAAGCGUACGACACUUUGUGAAUAAAAAUAUGGGCGACGAUAGACAAUAUCGACAAGAAUAUAACAAUGAUUUAAUUCUCAGUCCAAGAAAAUCACUCAGAUUCGAAGAACGAUUCGUUAAAACAGAUCAUGGAGAAGAGAAAAACAUGCAAAGGUGGUGUCCCAAUUUGCCCACAACUUCUGAUCUAAAGCAAUAUGUUGCUGUAAUCAUAUGUUGCUUAUGUCUCUGGGCGACAUCUUGGUUCGUCCUUGGCUAUUUGGUUGUGCCAGGAGGAUGUGUCUUCAACAUCACAGCUUUGGUGACACUUGGUUAUGUGGUCAGUCAUACAGUGGAAAGGUACACCACACUUAAUCCAGUUAUAACACAGACCCUUGUGGGUGUACUGUGUAAAAUGUUUAUACCAAUAAAUAUAUUGGAAGAUAAGAAAGCUGAUCUCAUUGAUUAUCAUUUAAGGCGAGUUUAUCCAGUUAUUAUUUUAACAAAGGGUCCUUUAACCUGGAACUGGGAUUACAUAAGGCACAAUCCCGUAAAAGUUUUUUCAUUGGCCACACUUCCUUGGAUCGUCGAGUGUUUAUCUACGGCUUUCUUUAGUUUUAUUUAUCUCGACUUUCCCUGGUACUGGGGUUUCUUGCAUUGGCGACCGAUGAAGCGCCGAUGUUUGAAUAUUGCGGUUUAUGACGCGCAAUAUAAUGGCUAUAAUGUUAUGUUAUGUAUACAUCUAGGCGCCAUUCUAUCCUCUGUAUCACCUGCAAUUGUGGUACCGAUCGUCAUCGCGUUGAAUACUAAGGGUCUAGGGACUAAAAGUAAACUGGCACUCUUAGUUGGAAAUGCCGGGGGCCUUGAUACAGCCUUCAGUGAAGGAAUGUUUGGAGUUAUCAACAGCGCUAUUUUUUAUGAAUCAACUCCUGUUUACCGUAUAAUUAAGGCAUUUACAGCUAUAUUCUUCGGUGUGGUCCUUGGUGUAGCAUGGGGAGUGUUAGCUGACAUCUUGCCAGAUCAUGAUGAUGCUCAUGCGCCGGCGAUUCGAAGCUUGCACCUUUUUGCAGGAGGGAUCUUAUUCACUUACGCUGGCGGAUAUUUUGGCUGGGGUGGUAUAUCUGGAGUUGCGAUAAUGGUGUGUGCUGGGGCUGCAGCUACGCGCUGGGCUCGUCGUGAUUGGGCCCUCAAUAAUAACCCUGUGUCUGAAAUAUACACUACUCUAUGGGUAAUAUUCGAGUCAAUGCUGUUUACCUUGAGCGGGUAUUUUAUUGAGAUCUCUGACGUCAGCGCAGCAGAAUUCGGACUCAUGAUAGCCUGUAUUUUCUCAGCUUUAGUUUUUCGGUUACUAGCUGCUUUCCUAGUAGCUCUUGCUAAUGCUUUGCCCGUAAAAGAAAGUAUUUUUGUUGCAAUUACUUGGAUACCAAAGGCUAUAGUUGAAGCCUGUCUUGUCCGCGUAGCAUCAGACUCAUUAUGGAAGAACGGUACAACGGAUAAAGAUAGAAAAAUUGCAACACAACACUCGAAUAUGAUCAUUAUUGCUAUAAUAAUGACGUCGACCAUUGGAUCCAUCUUAACGCGAAUAAUGGCUCCAAUUUUGCUCUCACCGUAUCCACGUAUUAGUCCUGAAGCGAUAAGCACCAUACCAAAUAUUCCGUCCAAGGAUAAGCGGCCAUCACCGUGUCUGGAUGCCUUUCAAUACAUCGAUACGUAAUAAAUUUGUAGCAAACA